AUGUUCGUUUCAACAGCUUUCGCACGACAGGUUUGCCGUGUUGCAACAGUUGAUCUGAGGAAAACUGUUUUCCUGGCUGGCCGAUGUUUCUCCAACGUCCAGUCUGACGGUUUGGCAAAGAAGGUCUUUGACGACCCUGACACAUGGAAACAAUAUAGAGACUCCCGUCCGUCGCUUCCGUUUGGAUUCCAUAACUACACGUCGGGUAGUGUGGGAAUGUUCAUGAACCCAUACUUGAAACGUCCGUCUGGGUUGUUGGAGUUUUGCAAAGAAUCUCUUCUCCGAGCUCGGCAACUUACAGUCUCCAUCAUCGCUGACGACUCUGCCGCUGGACUUCGUCAAUAUAUCAAAAAUCUCGACAGACUCAGCGACAUUUUGUGUCGGGUGAUCGAUCUGUGCGAAUUCGUGCGUGUUGCCCACCCCAACAAGGCCUUUGUCAACGCUGCUACCGAAUGUCACAAAGAAAUGUUUAGAUUCAUGAACGAGUUGAAUACGUCUGAGGAGAUGUAUUUAAAGCUCGAGCGCGUUCUCACAGACCCUGAACUCCGCAAAGACCUCACGCUUGAGGAGCUCAGUGUUGGAAAGCUUUUAUAUGCAGAUUUCCAGAAAGCUGGCCUCGGAUUAGCAGGAGAAGGUAAGUCGACCUAUGUCGAACUCAGUCAGCACAUUGCAGAGACAGGCCAGCAGUUUUCUGACGACGUGUACGAGGUCGAGGAAAACGAGGUUCUUAUUCCCAAAUCUCUCGUCAACAAGGGAGACUUGGGCCCAGGCCUUGAGAGUUACCUUCACGUGACUAACAAGGGCGUGCUCGUGCCUCUGUUUGGCCAUGUUCCAAUGGAGAUUCUGCGCACUUGUCCAAACAGGGAGAUCAGACGCCGUAUCUGGACCGCAAUGCACACCGCCAAGCCGGUCCAAGUUAAGAGAUUGAGCCAUUUGAUUAUUUAUCGUCGUUUGUUGGCUGCCCAGUUCCAGUACAACAGUUUUGGCGAGUACCAGCUCAGCGACAAAAUGGCAAAGAGUCCUGAGAAUGUGCGUCGGUUUUUGGAGAAGUUGUCUGUGGAGGUGAAGCCCGAAGUGGAGGCUGAGUUGAGAGUGUUGGGGAAGGCUGUCAAUUUGGAAGAAAAUUUAAUCAAGGAGAUACGGCCUUGGGACAGAGAAUUCCUGUCAGCAUUGUACUUAAGCCGUCAGAAAAGCUCCACCACAGAAGAUAUUAGUGCAUACUUCUCGCUGGGAACUGUUGUUCAAGGACUGUCUGAUUUGUUCAAGAGUAUCUACGGCAUCGAGCUGCGUCCAGCAAAAGUGCAGCCAGGAGAAAUUUGGGAGUCCACGGUGCGGAAAUUUGAGGCCGUCAGCGAGGAAGAAGGGGUCGUUGGAAUCAUUUACAUGGACUUGUUCUACAGAAGCAACAAGACCUUAAACCCUGCCCACUUCACCAUCUGUUGCUCGCGGAAAAUAUACCCUGAGGAGAUGGACGUUAACGACGAGUUCAACCUGAAACUGCAGACUGUGCAGACCACUCAGCAUGGAAAUGACACCUUCCAAUUGCCGGUCAUUUCGCUCGUUUGCAACUUCCAGGCCGAACGUGUUGAAGGAGGCGAGACGAAGUGUCUGUUGUCGCUGUCGCAGGUGGAAACGCUUUUCCACGAGAUGGGCCACGCCAUGCAUUCUAUGCUCGGUCGUACUAACCUUCAGAACGUGAGCGGAACGCGUUGUCCAACCGAUUUCGUCGAGCUUCCCUCCAUUCUGAUGGAGUUCUUUGCUAGAGACGAAAGAGUGCUGUUGUCAUUUGCUCGUCACCACAAAACCGGAGAGCCACUCCCAUUGGCUCUUCUGCGUCACCACCAGGCAGAUCACUCCUUCCUGGACAAGUGCGAGACUUUCAGCCAGAUAAAGAUGGCCUUCUUGGACCAAGAACUGCACGGCAAGAUCGACUUCGACAUCGAUCCUGUUGCGUGCUACCAACAAGUGGAGCACCACUUCGAGGUUUUCGAGGACGACGUUUCGUCGUGGGUGGCUAAGUUCGGCCACCUGUACUCGUACGGGGCGAUGUACUACUCCUAUUUAUUCGACCGGGUGAUAGCCACGCGCAUUUGGGAGCAUCUCUUCUCCAAAGACCCGUACUCCAGAGUGAACGGCGACAAGUUCAAGAACCUGGUUUUAAGUUGGGGAGGCUCGCGUGAUCCGUGGGAGCUCGUUGCCGACGUGCUGGAACAGCCAGAGCUGCGCAAGGGCGACGUUGCCGCCAUGGAGCAGCUGAGCCGUGUUGCGUCGAUCGACGCGACGUCGUCCUCGUCCUGA